GUCAGGCAAAACAAACAGCAGGAGCCGCAGCAGCAGGAGACUCUCGAUAAAGGCGUGAAACCAUGACGAUAAACAAAGUGUCCCACAGCAGGAUGAGAGUGACAGAGGUAGAAGAGUUUCUGAGACAACCUCCGGCAGGUUUCUCAGUGGAGGCUCUCGCUUCGGGUUAUCGAGUCCUCAGCGACCCGGAGAAGAGCCUGGUGCUCAUCGAUGACUUCGACUCCUGCAGAGGGAAAAUAGUUUUCGAGAAGUCUCUGGGAAGGAAAGUUAAAAUGCACAAUUUAUGGGAGUAUACCAGCAUGAGAAAGAGCCUGCUGUCCAAGAGGAUCUAUCUGCUCAUGUCUGCCUGCCAAGAAAACGGUACAGCGAACAACAGAAAGGCAGCCAAUAAAGCCAGAGUGCUGAAGCAGUAUGUGGUGUCCAUCGACGGAAAUGAUCCUUUUAUCAAGUGGCAGAUAGAGAGAGGCCUGGACUGGACCAUCUCUUCUGUCGCUGGGGAAAGCUACAGGGUGGAUAUUGACUUGACUGAUGCAGUGGAGAGCUGGGCAGAAAAAAACACCCACAUCAAAACUGGCAAACUAAUAAAACACAAACCUCUCUGGAGAGAUGCCUCCUUCACCCUCAAAUACUAUUCUGAUGCUCUCUUUGACUUCCCACACUGGUUUGGCUUCAGCAAAAGAAACUUUAAGUUGAGACUGACAUGAGCCUGCAGUGGAUGGAGAGCUAGGAAAAAUCAAGUUUAUCUGCUCAGGUUUUGGUGGAGUCUGGGUCCGCUUCCUCAAGAAAAUGCUGAACAAGGAGUUUCUUGAUCAACAGAUGAACGGCUGUAAUACCAACCUGCCAGGUGAAGGACCAGCCUACCUCCUGGGACUGCAGGAACUAAGUCAUAAGGGCUGUUAAGUCCAAAUAUUGCUUCUGUUCAGUGGAUGGAAACUACUGACAGGGACUGAUGGGGAAAUUCAAACUGACAUGAAUGUUAUUUAGGCAACUUAUUUGUGUAGACUGGUGUUUACUGGUGUUUUUUUUUAUAUAUAAAUAAACAGGCAUUUGCCUCAUGAUUUAAAACUGUUGUAUUGCAUGAAUGUUUAAAGGGGUCAAAACAAAUGUUGACAGACUUUUGUACCAACGAAUCAGCAUUUGUUCUUCAGAAGUUUUUAUUUUUUACCAAAGUCAAUUACAAUAAAUGCCCUUUUACGA